UCCGUUGAGACUUUUGCCUUAACUCUUGGUUAUGGUCAUCCGCUCUUGCUCGUUUUAAUCGGCACCUAAAGUUAGGUAUCAAAAAUUGACUUGUUCUCUGACUGAAUGGCGCCUUUGUGAAUAGCGCACUGGGUUUUGGACUAAGAAAAACACAGCCCCUGAAACUGGCACACCGAGAUCCUUCUCUCAACGGUUAUUUUUUUGGGUUUCGUUCACUCUGCAUCCGUAUGGACUGACGGCCACCAGCUUUUCUAGAAGGCGCACGGUUAUUUAUUUGGAAGGUUAGGUUAACCGUAACUGGUGGCUUAUUUCGUUUAGUUGCAUCAACGCAUUCUAAAAUAGAUAUUGGAAUUCCUGUGAUGAAGUUGUACGAAAGGAACACGUUUACAUUGGUGAUUCCGAUACGCCGUGUAUUUGGAAUGUAGCUAUUUGUUGGAUCUCGUUUUGCAUUUAGAGGGAUAUAAAGCUUUGAAAUAUUGCAUAAUCCAAAUAGAAAACGUGUAGCAUUUUUUUUUAAAAUUGACCCUCUUGUCCUGGAAAUUUUUGCACCAUCUUGUGUUGGGUAGGUUUUUACAUUCUUAAAUAAAAGCAACAUGACCACAGCCGAUGCAAACUUUCGUCACAGUGAGCAUUUCUAAAUAGUUGUAAAGAUUAGAUUGUUUAAACAGUGCAAGUGAAUACGGUCUCCUCCCAAUCUAACGGUGCCCGCAGUGGGAUCAGGGGCGUCCUCUGUCGGACAUUCCGUAUCCUGCCUUGCCGACACGCCCUAGUUUUAAUAAGAUCACUGCAGUGAAGAGAAAACGCCAGAGAUCGUCGCAGCUCUUUCGGGGCAGUUGGCAGUCAACUCACUCCCCUCUUUCUCGGUUUCCCUCCUUUUUAGAUUUCAACUUGAAAAAGCAUCAAAAUGAUCGUGUUGUUGGCGGGUAUCAUUGUGCUUCACUUGACCGUACUGGUUCUGCUGCUUAUUUCUACUAUUGUUAAUUCCUGGUGGUAUUACAGCGACAUCCAUAGUUUAGAUAUUUGGCAGAAUUGCACAUGGCUUGAAGCUUGGAACUGCGCGCCAUAUACUACGAACGAAUGGCUGCAAGCUGUUCAGGCAAUGAUGAUUCUUUCCGUCAUCUUCAGCUUUCUGUCGGUGAUUUUGUUUUUCUGCCAGCUAUUUACGCUUCAGAAAGGCGGCCGUUUUUACAUCACUGGAAUCUUUCAGCUACUUGCAGGCAUUUGUGUGAUGAGUGGAGCUGCCAUAUAUACGGUGCAGUACCCGCACAUUCACAAAGAACGCUACGAUGGGAGCUAUGGAUUUGCCUACAUUUUGGCAUGGAUUGCUUUCCCCCUGGCCCUGUGCAGUGGAAUCAUCUAUGUCAUUCUAAGAAAGCGUGAAUGAGCUACCAUAGAUCACCACAAUCCGUAUGAUGCCAUCUUUAGAGGAAUAAAAAAAAACAUUACUGUUUUAAUUUGAAGAUGUAUAUAGUAUCUAUGGUUUAAAACCUAUUUAUAACACUUUUUACAUAUAUGUACAUAGUAUUGUUUGCUUUUUUGACAGAAGCUGUGUUUUGCAAGCUAAUUAAGUGCCUACAGAACAUUCAUUUUUAACAGUUUACGAUUAAAAGAAUAUUUUGCUGAAGCCAAAUUCUGCGACAAAACUUUAUUUUAAAUAGAAUAUGUUAAUCAAAGCGCAUGUAAAAUUAUAGCUAGUAAGCUGUUUUUUAAUAAAAAAAAGUACAGCUUGAGUAAGUAAAUUGCUAAUAGCUUACAAGUUUGAAUAGUUUACUCGUGUAGAUAUAAAACUUAAAAUUUUCAAUGGUGCUACGUAUUUACCAUUCCUUGUCAUAACCUAUAGCCAUCUCACUGGAGAAUUACUAUUUACAACAAGGUAAAAUAAAUGCUUUGAUUCUACAGGA